AUGGAGGUAACAGCUGAUAUUACUAGUCUUCAAAAGGAGCUAGAAGAAUACAAAAAGAAAUUGUCAGACGCUUUGGUUGAAAACAAGAACUUGUCGGAAACAUUAAACAAGGUUGAGAGUGAAAGUAGCCAACUUAAAGUCAAAUAUGAAGAGUUGAAAAAGAAGGGUACUACUUCCACUGCUACUUCCACUACGACUACUACCUCGUCACCAGCUGCCAAGACUAUUAAAUCAACUAGUACUUUGAAUGGAGCUUCAUCUCCAACUCCAAUCAAAAAAGUGCUUCCAACCACCACAAGCACUUCAAGUACAAGCACUCCAGACAAGAAACCAAUUACCAGUGCUACAACCACUCCAAAGUCAUCGCCAUUGGUAUCCAAGCAAUUGACUCAAGCCAAGACAACUACCACAUCAUCUCCAUCAACAACUCCAACAAAAAUCACUUCACCAUCAACUGUCUCCAAGGUGUCUUCACCUGCUACAAAGACAACAACUACAUCCUCUCCAACUGUAAAGACUACCACCACUACCACAACUACCUCAUCUCCAAAGCCUGUUGUUGCAGUUCCAAAACCAACAGUCACUACUGUAAAACCAACCGCCACAAAGACAACUACUACCACCACCACCACCACCACCAAAACCGCAACCAAACCAACUAUUGCGCCAGCUGCCUCUGCUGCUUCUACCGCUUCUGCUACAGCUGCUACAGCUACUUCUGCUGUCAAGCCAUCAGCUAGUGCUGUCAAACCAGCCGCCGCCAAACCAGCAUCUAAAUUGGCAGCACCUGUCAAGCCUGCAGCCACUGCAGCCAAACCAACUCCAUCAACCACAACAUCUAAACUUUCACCAUCCCUAUCAAAGGAAAAGAUUAUAAAACCAGCUGCCACAACUGCUGUCAAGAAGCCAGCAGCUGCUGCCCCAUCUAAACCAUCACCAACUACUGCCUCAAAGCCAGUUGCAACUGUACCAGUUGUAGUUGCUGCUACUCCAGCAGCAGCUGCUGCAGUAGUAGUACCAACACCUGUAGCUGUUGAACAACCAACAGAGGUUGAACUCCUAAAGACCCAAACCACGUCAAGCACUUUGGUUAUUGAACAAGUAUCAGACGAAGAAGGAGACUCUAUCCUUGAAGAUAUCAGAAAGGCAGAUUCUAGCAAAGAAGUUGUAAAAGAGAACGACUUGGAAGAAUUUAUGCAAGAAUUGGACCAAGAGAUGGCCAAUGCCCAAUUAAACUCUAAAUCGGAAGAAAAGAAACAAGAAGAAGAAGAUAUCAAAAUUGUACAACAAGAGGAACAAGAAGAAGAGGAAAAGAUUAAUGAAAUCAAACAACAACAAGAACAACAUACCUCUCUUCAAGAUGAACUCUUGAUUGACGAUUUAAAGACCGAACAACCAAAAGAAGAAGAAACUGUUGUCAAUGAAUUUGAUGAUAUCAAAAAUGAUGAUAUAGUUUUGGAAGACAUCCAACCACAACAACAAGAGGUACAAAUCAUUGAAACAAAAGAAGAACCAAUUGUCACUGAACCAAAACAAGAAGAAAUUAUUUUUGAAGAACCAAAACAACAAGAGGAAGAAAUCUUUGACGAAUUUGAUGAUAUCAAAAAGGAAGAUUUAAUUUUGGAAGAUGUCCACCAUGAUGACCAAAUCAUUGAAGAUGACGAGGAGGAAAUCAUAAUCCCAACUAUUGAUGAAAAGGUAGAAGGACCAAUUGUCACUGAAGAACCAAAACAACAAGAGGAGGAAAUCUUUGACGAAUUUGAUGAUAUCAAAAAGGAGGAUUUAAUUUUGGAAGAUGUUCACCAAGAUGACCAAAUCAUUGAAGAUGAAGAAGAAAUCAUAAUCCCAACUAUUGAUGAAAAUGUAGAAGAAGAAAUCUUAGACGAUGAAAAUAUUGUUGGAGAUGAAUCAAAGAAUGAAUUUUCAUUCAAUCAAGAGGAAGAUUUGAUCAUUGAUGACCAAGUCUUGGAGACUAAAGAGCAACAAGACAAUGAUUUCUUUGAAUCAAAUAUUGCCAACAAUCACAUUGAUACAUCAUUGGAUGACUUUUCAUUUGAUGCACCAAGUGAACAACACCACCAACAACCAACAACAACCAAUGGUAACAAGGACUUUGAUGAUAUCUUUGGUGAACAAGCCAACAACAAUACCAAACCAUCAAAUACAUUAAAUACCAACGACUUUGAUUUUGACUCUUUCAACGUUUCCAAAUCAACAAUCAACAUCCAAUCCUCAUCUGAAAACAUUGAUACCAAUACUGAUAAUGUAAAGAGAAUGAUUAGUUUUAAUCUAUUAAAAAAAGGAACAAAUACUAUCCUAUUAAACAAUCAUAGAGUAAUAGUAUCAACAGUUUCAUCAUCAUCAUCAUACUCUACUACUUCUUCUUCAUCAUCAAAAACUCAAGAUACUAUAACAAGUGGUAGAGUUAAUAUCAAUCCUUUAUUAAGAUCAAGAUUACAACAACAACCAAAUGUAUCAUCAAAUAAUAAUAAUAACACCAACAAUACAAAUGAUUCAUCAGCAUUUCAAAGCAAAGUACAACUGAUGAGAGAUUUCAUUCAAGAUUCACUCUAUAAUACAAAGUAUGGCUAUUUUGCAACCAAACCAGUCAUUACAUCGAUUGCACCGACACAUUUCAAACAAUUAAAUACUCUUGAAUCAAAAGAUCAAUAUAUCGAUUAUCUUCAACAUAUCUAUAAACAACAUCAACAUUCAUGGUAUACUCCUGUUGAAAUAUUUCAGCCAUAUUAUUCAAAUGCAAUAACAAGAUAUAUAAUUGAAAAGUAUCUUGAAAAGAAUCAAGAUUUAAGUAUACCAUUGAGAAUAUACGAGAUUGGAGCAGGUAGUGGUACAAAUGCACUUUGUAUGCUAAACUAUCUAAGAGAACAUCACAAGGAUUUAUACGAGAUUACGGAAUUUACGAUCAUUGAAAUCUCUAGAUUACUUGCCACUCAACAAUUGGAACGUAUCAAACGUGAACAUCCUCACAUCAAGGUACAAGUUUACAACUCUAGCAUCUUUAAUUGGACUCACAAAAGAGAGGAUCAAGAAUGUUUUAUAGUCAUGACAGAAGUGAUUGAUAAUCUUCCACAUGAUCAAAUCGUUUUAAAUGGAAAUGGAGUAUUUGAAACUAUUGUUCAAACUCAUCUUUCAACAAUGAAUCAUUUUGAUCAACAAGAACAAGAAGGAGAAAAGGAAGGAGAAGAAACAACAAUUGACAAUCUAAAAAACAAAAAGAAUAGAAAAGAAUUGGUACAUUUUGAACAACAACAAUCUGUUAGAGAUCCAAUUAUAAAAGAAUAUUUAAAUUUAUUUUCAGAUGAAUUGGGAUUGGAUAAAGAUCUGUUGACUCAAUUAAAUAAUAGAAAUAGUGAUCAAUAUCAACCAGUCAAAUCAUCAUUGAUAAACAAUUUAAAAUAUUUCUUUCAAGGAGAUAGAAACAUAUUUAUUCCAACCGUCUGUAUGAAAUUAUUCCAAAUCCUCUCCAUCCACUUCCCAAAACAUCAUUUGGUACUUGCCGAUUUUGAUUUCCUUCCUUCACUGUGCAAAGGUGAAAAUGCUCCAACCGUUCAAGAGAAAUUACCAAUCCCAACAUCUGCCAAUUACCAAUCACCAAGCUCUAUCCAAUACGAAACAAAGGAAUACCCAAAAAUAACAGUACCAUUGGGUAGUUGUGAUAUUUUCUUCCCAACCAAUUGGAAGGAAUUGCAUAAAAUGUACACAAAGACAAAUCAACAAUAUAGACCUGAACAUUUCACAGCCUCCACAGUCAAAUCUUAUAAACAAGGAGAAUUCUUAAAACAAUAUGCCAAGGACGACCUUGCAAAGACUAAAAUUAGUUCAUUUUAUAAUCCUCUAACAGAUGAUUAUGAAAAUACUUCAAUUCUAGUUUCUUAA